CAGCCCAAGGCCUGAGCGGGCAGUGGCCAGAGUGACCCCAAGAGUGUCCAGGGACUCGUUCCUCUGACCAAGAUGCCCCCAGAAGAACAGAGCAGUUGAAUGGGCUGAGGGGACCAAACCCCAGGAUUGGGUACUCUGGCUCAGGAGAGCCCUGGGGAGGAGAGGGGACUGUUAAAGUCUUGGUCCCAAGCCCAGAUAGGGGAGAGAGGGGAGCAAAGAGGUAGUGAAAAAUAAAGGAGGCAGAGGAGAGGGAAGAGGUCAGGGCAACCUUGAGAGGUAGUGAGCUGCCUGUCAAGGGAGGCAUUCAAAUGUGCCAAAUCCACAUUGAUAAUUCCGGAUCCUUUUGGAGAAGGGAAAUCAAUGCCCAUUUCACAGAAGAGGAAAUUGAGGCUGUAAUUUACUUUAAGCUGAGAUCAGGCUGUGGUUUUGGUGGGUGAGGAAGGAGAAGGAGUCAGAGGACACCAAUUUCUGGAUAAUGAGUGCCAGGGCCACACGGCCCAGAAGCCGGCGAGGGAGGCACGCUCUGCCCGGUGAGCUGGACCCUGUGGCAGAGAGUUCAGAGGAGGCUGAGGCAGCCAACAGGAGCUCUGAGCUGGGCCCGGUGCCAUCUCAGGAUAGCUGCAAGCCAGAGUUGCUGGGCCCUGAGGCAGAGGCCAAAGGGCAGAGCCUGGAGAGCAGAACUUUCCGUCUCUCACCUCUUCACAGGACUGACAAAGAAGUUGAUGGGGACUCUAGCAGGGGACCAGCCGUAGCCCCCGAGGGGCCCCAUGAGCCUGUUGAGGAAGCCCACCAGGCCCCAGGGGCAGCCCCACGAGAUGGGGAGACUCUCCUCUCUGGAUUUGGAGCCCCCGAUGUGUUUCAGACUCUCCAGCAGGCUCUGAGCUCCCUGGAGGCAGCCGCUGCUGCCUGGCGCCGCCAGCCCCCAAGCUGUCCUGGGCCAACGGAGGCAAAGGACAGAAGCGAGGGGGAACCGAGGCCCUGCUUGGAGCAGGAGGGGGCUGGGGGUUGCCAGCGGGAGGCAGCCCGGUUGGCUGAAAGGAAUGCCUGGCUGCGUCUGGCCCUGGGCAGCCGGGAGGACGAGCUGAACCGCACACAGUCUUCACUGAAGGUCAUUCAGGCUGAGAAGAAGAUGCUGCAGAGAGAGGUCCAGGAGCUUCAGGAUUCCCUGAUGAGGCUGGAGCCCUUCCCUUCUCCCUCCUGUGACCAAGCACGAGGCUCAGGCAGUGGUUCCAGCAGCUCUGGGGUAGACGGAGAGACCUGGGGCACUCAGGAUCCCUUCUCCCUGGCUCACCCCCUACUCCGGCGCCUCCAGAGUGAUUCCAGCACCCAGAUACUCGGACCUCUCCCCACCCAGCCCCUUGCUCCUGAGAUGCACAUCAUAGAAACCCAGAUGGGGCAGCUCCGAGGGAACAUUGAGAAGCUCAAAUGCUUCAACCGUCUGCUGUCGGCUGUGCUCCAGGAAUACAAGGGCCGAUGUGAGGGCCUCAGCAUGCAGCUGGGCCAGCGGGAGGCUGAGGCCACUGCUCUGCGUCUGGCCUUGCAGUAUAGUGAACACUGUGAGGAGGCAUAUGGGGCCCUCCUCACUCUUCGGGAGGCAGACUCAAGAGCAGGAGAAGAAGCCUUCAUGGGUGACUUGGAGGUGGCUGAGAAGGAAGCUCAGAGGCUGCUAGUGCAAGAGAAGGCUGCCAUGGACGGAGGGACACUGCAGGAUCCACAUCCAAGCCCCGAGGGCAGCAGCGUGGAUAGGCCCACACCACAGGAGGUAGCUGCCCAGCUCCAGGGCUAUGUCCAGCGUCUCCAGGAGCGCCGUGCUCUAGUGAAGAUUCCCCCAGAGCCUGGUCCCCCAUUGGCACCUAUAUCCACUGUGCCCCACGCGGAAGCCAUGGUGCAGGCCAUUCUGGGGACCCAGCCUGGCCCAGCCCUGCCCCGGCUGGAGAAGAUGCAGAUCCAGCAGGACCUGGCGGCCACACGGGAGACCCUGGCAGACCUGAUGCUGCGGCUACAGCUGGUGCGGCGAGAAAAGCGGGCUCUGGAGCUGCGGGAGGCUGCCCUCCGAGCCCAGGGUCCAGCCCAUGUGCUCCUGCUGGAGCAGCUGCAGUGGGAGAAGGCACAGCUCCUGACUGGUGGGGCCAGCAGUGGCGGAGACAGCAGUGGAGGUGGGAGCAGUGGGGACGAGGAGGAGUGGUCCCAGGGCCCUCCUGCUGUCCCUGGUGGCAGCAGGGGUACUGAUGGAAGCCAAGGGGGAAAAGUGCAGGACCCAGGGGACCUGGCCCAGGAACUAUCAGCGUCACUCACCCGGGCUCUGAGCCUGCGGGAGCAGCUGCAGUCUCUGCGGGAAGAACUAGAAGAGGUGGCUCAGAAGGGGCGAGCCAGACGUGCUCAGAGUACUGAACUGAACAGUGAUUUAUGCAGAGCUCACAGUGCCCUGGUCAUGGCAUUCCGAGGUGCCCACCGGAAGCAGGAAGAGCAACGGCGGAAGCUGGAGCAGCAGGUGGCACUAAUGGAAGCCCGACAGGCAGAGGAGCUGGCAGUGCUAGAAGCCACAGCAAGGGCCCUGGGGAGGCCCAGACUGCCCUGCCGACCUCCCCGGCCAGGGGAGACCUUUCUGUAGGCCCUGCUCUGGCCGUGUCUGGACAUGCCAGAUAGUUCUGGCAGGUCAUGUCAUAAAUUGUCCUGGAGUAAUGUUA